AGUCAUAUAUGACGUCAUCAACGAGCGACCCGACCCCACAUGGCAAACAGCUGAGGUUUUGACGGCAUUCGCUAAGGGUCAGCAUGGCCAGGCAGUGGUCUGAGGGCCACUCCACAUCCAUCCUGUGUGUUGGGGUGUCUUCAGGUCCUGAGAGUCUCCUUGCUUCAGGCUCUGAGGGUGGAGAGGUCACAGUGUGGAGCCCAGAGGGGACCAUCAUAGGCCGUCUCACUCUCUCUGGUGAAGAGGACAGCACCAGUGUUGUGUUUUCACCAGCAGCUCCGGGUCAGCUGUACGUGUCACACGGAGACUCAGUGAGCGUGCUCGAUCCCCGAAACCUGAAGGGCCCAGUGGAGGAGUUUCAGGGUGCAGCGGAGGAGGAGAUCAACGCUUUGGCGCUGAACGACACGGGUUCAGCCCUGGCAGUGGCUGAUGACUCCGGAGCAGUCCGGGUGCUGGAGCUUCCUGGGGGGAAAGUAUCCAGGACUCUCCGUCGACACACAAACAUCUGCUCCUCUGUGGCUUUUCGACCUCACAGACCGAAUAACCUGGUGUCUGCUGGACUAGACAUGCAGGUGAUGCUGUGGGGUCUGCAGAAGACACGGCCUCUUUGGACCAUCAACCUCCAGGAUGUGGCUGAGGACGAAAACGACGACAAUCAGCAGCGUCCUGGUCAGCUUUUCAACCCUCCACUGGUCCACUGUGUGUCCGUGGCGAGUUGUGGGAACAUUUUGGGUUGUGCAGCGGAGGACGGGCGGGUGCAUCUAAUGCGGAUCGGCAGCGGCUCUAAACUGGACCAGCAGGGAGCCUUCAAGGCCCACAGUCAGGGGGCCUCACAAGCCCACUUUAUUAGUUUCCUUUCCCACCCUCACUGGCUCGUCACUGGGGGGAAUGACGGCCUGGUCGCCCUGUGGGACCUCAGCAAGCACCCAGUGGUGACUCCGGAGGCAAAGGUCAAAACUAAAAUGACAGCAGCCCCACGCAGGAAGUGUAAGAGCAAGGCCAAGAGGAAAGAGCAAUGCCAGGAUAAAGCAACAAAGGUGGAAACAGAGAAAGAGGAAGUGGGAGAUGAAGUGGCAGAAGGUGCAGAGGAGGUGACGGAGGAGAAGUCUGGGCCCAAACUGAGCAUCAGUCAUGGGGACAAGGUGAACUGGUUGUGCCCAGCUGUGCUGAAAGGAGAACCCAGUGUGGUGGUUGCGGAUCAGAGCUCCUGUCUGACGGUCUACCCGCUGUCUCAACCAUAGAUUCAUGUCCUUUCAGCUUUAGUUCUCAUUGUUGCAUUACAAUGUUUUGACUGUUUUUUUAGUUUACAUUGAAUAUACACUCCACUGUUUGAUACUGUUAGAAGUUAGAAGCAUUAUUUCUUCUGGUUUACAUGGUGAUUUUGACAGUGAAUCUUGCUCUCCUUUUAAUAAAGCCUGAACAUAAGGGCAGAAACCAAACAAAGCUGGUCCAGAAAUCACUGGAAGAUCUUUAAGAAGCAAACAAACAUCUGUUUUGUAUUCGUUUUUACAACAAAUUCAACACACUUAAUGCAUAAUUGUUUUUCGAGUCUCGUUUGAUGACUGAUUUACUGAUAUUGCUCAUUUGGUUGUUUUUUGUGUGUGUGUGUGGUCCUAUAAAAAAAGUGUUAUCCUUUGAAAUAUAUAUGCCUUUUUGUAGACUGUUAAAACUACCACAUUAUAGACAAGAAAUCUGCAUGUUUAACUGAGUCUGCGGUGCUUUUGUAGAGUAAAAAAACAUCUAAAUUCAAACAAGGUGCCAGAGUAGAAAGACAAGGCAGAGAGUCAACUGAAUGCUGUUUUCAGGAUGUGACAUUUCAAAACACACUGGCUA